CCAUUUGGGUCAGAUAGCAUGUUGUUUCAAUCGCGUCAGUGAUCGGAUAAUGGGUGGCGGAGGAGCUAUGAGGACGGCGGCGAAGAUCGCCGGUGUCGGCGUCCCUACCCAGGGGUUAAGGGGCGCGCCGGUGGUGCACUCGAUCGAGCAGUCGGUCUGGAACUCUUCACGACCCGUGUCGGGUGCAGGGGUGUCGGCGAAAGCCGCUGAGGUGGCGCCGCUGCACACGGUGGCGUCAUGGGACUUGGACGAAUGGGAUUUCGCCGACGGCGGUGAUUUGGUCAUGGAGGCCGGUGAGCCCACGCCGAGAGUGGUGUUUGGCGCUGUCCCCACCUUUCAGGAAGCGAAGGAAGCAACCACCGAAUUGAAGGAAGCAAUUGAUCAAAUUUACCUUUCUCCUGAUUCUUCUCGAUGUGAGGGCUCAUCUCCUGGUAGUGAAGUCUCUGUUAUGUCUCCUACUCUUUUCGAGCCAGGGACCAAAUCUCGUGUCAUUGAGGCCAUUUCAAAUCCGUCAUUGCCAAAUCAUGCCUUUCAGGCUUUUCAAUUGCUUAGUAAUAGUUAUGAGGCCCAGACUGUUGUGGCUUCGAUUGCUUGUGACCCGAAUGUAUGGAAAGCAGUCAUGGAAAAUCCUGCAGUCAAUAAUUUCUUCCAAUCACAGCAGACAGUGGAAGAGUUAACAAAUUGUGAUGCAGUUGCUGGUUCUGAAGCAUUGGAAACUCCUGAAAAAGAGGAAGCUGAGUCAAACCCGGGAAAUGGUCUUUUUGAUUUCGUGGGUGACAUUCUGCAGAAUUUUAAGCUUACAGUUACUGAAAUGGUAAGCAGAUUGUCAAAUUACCUUCAGAGCAUAUUCCCAACACCUGAGAAAGAGAAACCAGAUGCUGAUGCUGAUGGAAAUGCAAAAGCGAAUUUCCUGGAUAAUAAGAAUUUAAUGGGAGGUACCUUCAUGGGAUUGGCAGUGAUUGUGAUAAUGGUGGUACUGGUGAGGAGGGCUUAAACUUUUAUAUUUAAAAUGAUAAUUUGUCGAGCUUUCUUAUCGUUUUAAAAGUUUGUAGUAAAAUAUGAAAUACAACCUAUCCCAGUGGGGAUAAAGUUGAUGGUGGUGGUGAUGAUAAUUAUGUUGAUGUAGUUAAAUACAUUUGGAGUAACAUAUGAAUUGUUUGUCUCCUCGUUUAUGUAUUUCUCUUAACAUCCGAAAGUCAGCCCACAUGUUUAUUUGUU